UGCUUUUUUGUCCAAUCACGUUCAGGCUCUGACUAUAAAUACACGGCCCGGCUCAGUCCCUGGAGGUGAGGUGGCUUUUGUCCUGCAGCGAUGGCUCGUACGAAGCAGACGGCGCGCAAGUCCACCGGCGGCAAGGCCCCGCGCAAGCAGCUGGCCACCAAGGCGGCCCGCAAGAGCGCGCCGGCCACCGGCGGCGUCAAGAAGCCGCACCGCUACAGACCCGGCACGGUGGCGCUGCGCGAGAUCCGGCGCUACCAGAAGUCCACCGAGCUGCUGAUCCGCAAGCUGCCGUUCCAGCGGCUGGUGCGCGAGAUCGCGCAGGACUUCAAGACCGACCUGCGCUUCCAGAGCUCGGCCGUCAUGGCGCUGCAGGAGGCCUCCGAGGCCUACCUGGUGGGGCUGUUCGAGGACACCAACCUGUGCGCCAUCCACGCCAAGCGGGUCACUAUCAUGCCCAAGGACAUCCAGCUGGCGCGCCGCAUUCGCGGGGAGCGGGCCUAGAGCCCGCGACCUCUCCUUGUCCCCAAAGGCUCUUUUCAGAGCCACCCACGUGUACACUGGGAAGG